UUUCCCACUAGCCAGCCCAGGUUCCGAAAAGAGACGGGAAGCCAGGCGAGGUGUGGUCCCAGCCGCUGGGGAGGUUGAUCCACGAGGAUCGCUUAAGCCCAGGAGUUCCCGGGCCAGCCUGGGCAACUUAGGGAGACCCAGUCUCAAAAACCGCAGAUCAAAACAAAAAACGGGGCCAACAAGCGUCCAGGGGGCUGGGCUGAGCGGACCACAGGUGCAGGAGCCGGGCAAGGUUUGUUCCCUGGGUGCCGGUCCGGCGCCCUCCUCCCAGACCCGCCCGAGCACUCCUUGGGUCUUGGCGGUCCGGGGCGCCGCUCUACAGCCACCACAUGAGGCCCAGCGCCCUCGGGCCAGGCUGUCGCGGGGAGGGGCAAAAGGAAAGCGAGAGGAGACCCAAUGGAAAGCGAAACCCUCGCUGAGACUUUCACUUUCUUCGCCUCCGCGCGCCAACCAGGUGGCCCAGUGAUCGCCAACCGCGCGGGUCCCCUUCCGCGCCCCCGGAUCUAGCCCUCGUCUCACUGAGCUCCAGAUGGCCAGCGGCCCCUGGCGGAAAGAGGAAGAGAAGGUCUCGGGCAGCAAGGAACGAAUGCUGGGAACCGGGGGUCCCCUGCGUCUUCGCGACUGGCUAGUGGCGCAGAUCGAGAGCGGACUCUACGCCGGGUUGCGCUGGGAAGACCCGGGCAAGACCCUCUUCCGCAUCCCCUGGAAGCACGCAGCCAAGCAGGGCUACCAGGCGCAGCAGGACGCGGCGCUCUUCAGGGCCUGGGCUGUGUACAAGGGUAAGCACUCAGAGGGCACCGAUAAGGAGGAUCCCUCCACCUGGAAGACGCGGCUGCGCUGUGCCCUCAACAAGAGCAUCGACUUCCAUGAGGUGCGCCAGCUCAGCCAGCUGGAUGCCUCCAACCCCUACAGGGUCUACCGCAUCGUGUCCAACCGCACCUGCUGUCCAGUAACCAAGGCCCAUGCUUCUGCAAAAGAGGAUAUUCUCUCAAGUCAACAGAGACCCCCUGGAGAAGUGACUGAACCAGCCUGCAGGGCACAUCAGGACGGCUCCAGAUUAGCCACAAAGGAUGAGGACAAGGAGCAGCCCCCAAGGCCAACGUUGGCUCAUCUGGGCUCCUUGCCACCAGCCGCCCUCCUCCCAGACCCUUUGGCUGACCACACUGCUCCCCUCCUUCCCCAGGGUAUCAGGCACAGGAUCCAAGAUACCCCUGGAGCCCGAUGCCCUCCAAGGACUUCAGCAGCCCUGAUUACUGGUUGCACGUGCGGCUUUUUUAUGGCCGGGCGCUGGUGCACGAAGCCACCGCGCGCACCGCGGAGGGAUGCCAUCUGAGCCCCGGGACAGCCGCCUCCGCCGCCGCCCAGCUCCUGCUGGGGCCGCCGGCGCGCUUGGCGCAAGUUCACUUCCCGGAGCCGCCGCCGGGCGCCCGCGUGCUGCAGCGCCUGCUGCGGCACCUAGAGCGCGGC